AUGGUCAUGUCGGUAUCUACUGGGACGCCAUGGCCUAACAUUGUUUUCGGGCCAGAGGAUGCGAAAGGAGUAGAUUUUCCUCAUGAAGACGCCUUGAUCGUAUCCGCCAUCAUUGGAUCGAAAUGGGUAAAACGAUUGCUGGUAGACGAUGGAAGCUCGGUUAACUUGUUGACUCUGUCAGUCUUUUUGACAAUGGGAGGAUCCAAGACUGACCUCAAGCCUGUGAACAUUCCUCUCCUUGGGCUGGGGGGAGCUCCAGUUACCCCAGAGGGCAUGGUCGAGCUGGAUCUAGAGCUCGGCAUCGAAAUACCUCAGGAGGACGGAACAGAGGGAAUCCUGGCGGAACCAACACGGAAGCUAGGGGUAGAUUGGCCAGACGAGCACCGGGAGGCUAUCAUAGCUCGGAUAAAACAGUACGUGGAGGAGUUCACCAACAAGCCAGAGGAUAUUGGGGGGGUAGACCCUAAGAUCAUCUCGCACAAGUUAAAUGUGGAUGCGAAAUGCAAACCUGUCAAGCAAAAGAAGAGAACUUUCUCUCUAGAGAAACAGAUUGCCAUCCGAGAUGAAGUGGAGAAGCUCUUGAAAGCCGGGUUCAUCAGGAAAGUAGACUACCCUGAAUGGCUGGCUAACGUUUAUGUGGAUGACAUAGUCGUGAAAUCUAAAGGGAUCGAGGAACAUGCAGAAGAUCUGGCAGAAACUUUUGAAAAGCUGAAAGGUUUUAACCUUAAGCUGAACCCGGAAAAGUGCGUUUUCGCGGUACGCUCGGGGAAAUUCCUAGGGCACCUCAUCUCGGAGAAGGGCAUUGAAGCCAACCCGGAGAAAAUCGAGGCAGUAAUGAGCAUGAAAGCACCCAGCUCAGUGAAAGAGUGGACAGAGGAGUGUAACGCAGCUUUUGAAGAGCUGAAGGUUUACCUCAGCACACCCCCGGUGCUGGGUAGACCUGAGCCUGGGGAAAUCUUAUACUUGUAUCUCUCGGUGAAUGACGAGACAGCAGCGGCAGUCCUGGUGAAGGAGGAAAAGGGUCUGCAAACCCCAGUUUACUAUCUCAGCAGGGUCUUGAAAGGCCCGGAGGUGGCGGCUGAAAAGCUAAGGAGAUAUUUUGAGGCUCACAUCAUUGUAGUACGUACGAACCAACCUCUGAGAAAAGCAUUGCAGAGGCCAGAGAUGUCGGGACGGCUGGUCAGCUGGUCGGUCCAGCUGGGAGGAUAUGACAUCCGGUAUGAACCAAGACCAGCUCUGAAAGCACAAGUAUUGGCAGAUUUCAUAGCUGAGACCACUGCAAGCGACCAACCCGAAGAACCUGAUGAACAACUUCUACGGUGGGUCUUAGAAGUUGACGGGGCAUCAAAUCUAGAUGGAUCGGGGGCAGGCGUAGUCUUGAAAGGCCCUCACGGAGUCACACUCCGAAGCUCGGUAAAAUUCGAUUUCCCGGCAUCCAAUAAUGCCGCGGAGUAUGAGGCUCUGUUGAUCGGAUUGAGAAUGGUAAACGUGGUCAAGGCCGAGCACGUAACAAUAAGAAGUGAUUCUCAGUUAGUUGUUUGUCAAACUCUGGGUACUUUUGAAGCUCGGGAUUCGGAAAUGAGGAGAUACGUUGACAGAGUCAAAUUCUUCUUGAACAAAAUUCAGGAGCUCGGAGGAAAAUGGGUAAUAGAGCAAGUUCCUCGUUUGGAAAACCAAGAGGCCGAUGUAUUGGCCAAAGCAGCAACAGUGAACGAAAAGAUACCAGGAGUCCAUUUCUCUGUCCAAAAGCAUUCCAGUAUUGACAACUAUGAAACCAUUUUUCUAACUCAGCCUUUGGAAAACUGGAUGCAAGGUAUAGCCCACUACCUGAUGGAUGGAACUCUGCCAGAAAACAGAGAUAAAACCUACAAAAUCUUGCGACAAGCUCCGUACUACGCGUUCCUCGACGGAGUCUUGUACAGAAAGUCAUUCACCCACCCGUGGUCGAGAUGCUUGACAGCUGAGGAAGGAGAGUAUGUGUUGAGAGAGAUACAUGAGGGUAUUUGCGGGGCACACAUAGCUCCCCGCAUGUUGGCCAAGAAAGCAGUGUUGCAGGGCUACUACUGGCCCCUGAUGGUUAAGCAAGCGGAGGAAAUAGUAAAGAAGUGUGAAAACUGCCAGAGACACCAGAAUAUCCGACAUGCUCCUACUACAGAGCAGUGUCCUAUUACAAGUCCUUGGCCAUUUGCAACGUGGGGAAUUGAUAUCCUGGGGCCUUUCACGCCAACCACGGGGCAGAAAAAGUUCUUGAUAGUGGCAGUAGAUCACUUUACUAAGUGGCUCGAGGUAGAGGCAGUGAGCACCAUCACAGAAGCUCGGAUCUGGGAUUUCUUCUGGAGGCAAAUUGUGUGUCGUUUCGGUAAACCCAGAGCGUUGGUAACUGAUAACGGAAAGCAGUUCAACUGCCGAGCCUUCAAGGAAUUUUGCAACGACUUGCACAUUGACCUGCGCUUCACGUCAGUAGUUCACCCGCAGAGCAAUGGGAUGACUGAAGUAACCAACCGGACGAUCCUAAAAGGGCUCAAGGCCAGGCUAGGGGAGUUCGAUAGACAGUGGCUGGAAGAGCUACCGAAGGUCAUUUGGGCUUACAGAACCACGCCAAGGGCAGGCACAGGAGACACCCCGUUUUCUCUAACAUAUGGGUGCGAGGCAAUGAUACCGGUGGAAAUCGGGAUGCCAACUCUAAGGGUCCAGUUCUUCGAUGAGGCUAAGAACGAGGAAGAACAGAAAUUAUGCUUAGACCUGCUGGAAGAGCGAAGAGAACAGAAAGAUAACAUGCAAACCAGCAGGUAA